UCUCUCUCCAGGCUGCCCUCGCUCUGCCUGUGCUCAGGCUUCAGCUGCUGCCCCCGCCUCCAUCGUCGUCGCCUCCGGGAGGCUAGAAUAAUGAGCUGAGCCGCAGUCACCGACGUUUCCAGCUCUGACUACAGUGUGUGGUGUGCUUCCCGAAGGGUACUUUGCCUUAAAAAAGAAAGAUGCAGUCUUCACAUGAUAAAAAAUUAGAAAAAUUGGACCCAUUUUAUAGACGUUCAGUAACCAAACAGAAGACCAGUGCAGAAAUCAUCAGUGAAGCACGAAAUGCACUAAGAACUGUUAGAACUCAAAGACCAUUUACACCACGUGAAGAUCAAAGAAAACUAUUUGGACCAGCAUCUUCAAGAACAGCAGAUAAUAGACCUCCUUCGUCUUUUAGCUUUGAAUCAUCUGAUUCAAGACCAAUUUCUGGUACGCGGCUCAGUCCACUAGAGCUUAAACCAAAAAUUCUUGCAUCUCUAUCUAAAGAAGAUGAAGCUUCUAUUUCCUUUCCUAAACCUCCAGUGGACCCCGUGAAGAUUAGAAGAGUAAGCAGUGCCCGUGCACGUUUAUUCAAGGCAUCCUCUCAGGGAAGUCUUCUUCCAGACAAAAUAUUUCAUCUUGAUGAGUCAAAGAAGAGACUGAAAUCUGAGGAAACUAUUAUCACAGGGGAUUCUUCAAUUAAAAUACAUGGAAUUUGCCUAACAGAAUUAAAUUCCAUUGGUCAUUUUAACAGCCAUAUACCUCAAAUAACCCAUGAUGGGGACCAAAAUGAAAUAAAUGAAAGAGAUAUUUUGAAAGCGACAGCAUUAUCAACACCAGUCCAUCUCAGAAGUGGAGGUGAUCCAAUGAAAAGACAUGCCAGGGCUUCGUCAUGUCCGGUCACUACUGACAAGAAAACAUUGGAAUCAAAAAAAGCAGUUUUAGAGAUUCCAAGGAACUUGGAAGAAAUUGAGAUUGACACAGAAACAGAAGAGGAAGAAGUCUUUUGGAGUACACGGAUCUUGCCAGUCUUACGUGAAUUAGAGAAGGAAGACAAUAUUGAAAAUUUUUGUGUGGCCUGCACCCAGCUUCAUCAGGCUUUAGAGGAAGGAAGCAUGCUUGGAAAAAGAUUUAAGAAAAGAAGUGUACUUCUGAAGACCUUAUAUAAACUGGUUGAUGUUGGUUCAGACUUGCUCAGCCUAAAACUUGCAAAAAUCAUUCUAGCUCUUAAAGUAAGUGGAAAAAAUCUUCUCAAUGUCUGCAAACUCAUAUUUAAAAUUAGCAGGAGUGAGAAGAAUGAUUCUCUCAUCCAAAAUGAUAGUAUUCUUGAUUCAUUGUUGGAGGUGCUAAAAGUAGAAGACCUUCAAACUAAUAAUGAGGCUUUUUUGUACUGCAUGGGGGCUAUUAAAUUCAUUUCUGGGAAUCCAAGAUUUCUUAAUGAAAUGAUCAGCAAAGGUGCUGUUGAAAUACUGUUACAGUUGAUGAGGCAGAUAAAUGAGAACAUGAGGAAAUGUGGGGCAUGUUCCUCCAAUUCAGGACACUUAUUAGUCCAGAUGACUGCCACCAUGAGAAAUUUGGUUGAUUUACCCAUGGCAAGAUGUAAAUUAUUGAACAACAAUGCCCUUCCAGUGUUCUGUGGAGUGAUGGAGCAGUAUGAAAAUGAUAAGGAUGUCUGCACCAAUGUUGCUAGAAUAUUAAGCAAACUUUCUUCCUAUCAUGACUGCUGUGCAGCCUUGGCUGACUAUUCCAGAUGUUAUGCCUUAUUUUUGAGCCUGAUAAACCAAUAUGAGAAGAAGCAGGAUUUAAUCGUUCGUAUUGUUUUCAUUCUUGGCAACCUAACAGCGAAAAAUAAUCAAGCCCGGGAACAGUUUUCUAAGGAGAAAGGUUGCAUCAAAACCCUUUUAUCAUUAUUCAAUACUUAUUAUGAAAUGGAUUUGAAUUCCAUGAAAGGAAUGGAUGAUGAAGAAGGAAAGAACAAGAAACAGAAGCAGCCUUCUGAGGUGGAAGAUGUACUUAUAAAAGUGAUCCGAGUGCUGGCCAAUAUCUCCAUUCACCCUAGUAUUGGGGCAACUUUGGCUGCGAACCAACAAGUAGUGGCAUUGCUCGUCACAACACUGGAAUAUAAAUCGAUUGAUGAAUGUGAGGAACUGGUAAUCAAUGCUACAGCAACAAUCAACAAUUUGUCAUUCUACCAAGUGAAGAAUUCCAUUAUUCAGGACCGAAAGCUGCGCAUUGCGGAAUUGCUCUUAAAGCUUCUAAUGAGCAGCAACAUGGAUGGGAUCCUGGAGGCUGUGCGUGUCUUUGGCAAUCUUUCCCAAUAUGAUGAGAUUUGUGACUUCAUUGUUCAGAAAAAUAUCUACAAAUUUAUGAUUGCAUUGCUGGAUGCCAAGCACCAGGAUGUUUGCUUUUCUGCCUGUGGAGUCCUUCUUAACCUCACUGUCGACAAAGACAAGCGUGUUAUCCUAAAAGAAGGGGGCGGAAUUAAAAAGUUAGUGGAUUGUUUAAGAGACUUUGGCCCUACAGAUUGGCAGCUGGCCUGCUUGGUUUGUAAAACAUUAUGGAAUUAUAGUGAAAAUGUCACGAAUCCUUCAUCAUGUUUUGGAGAUGAGGACACAAAUGCUCUCUUAGUCUUAUUGUCAUCAUUUUUAGAUGAAGAACUAGCCCUGGAUUAUAGUUUUGACAGAGACUUAAGAGAUUAUCACAAACUUUAUUGGGAGACAGAAUUCAAACCUGUGGCACAACAACUUCUUAAACGUAUUCAGAGCCAUCACACCUUCCUUGAACCUCUACCUAUUCCUUCUUUUUAAUAUGGUAAAAGCUGGUAGGUGAUUAACAAUAUAAAGAUGAAUUCAAGUCAGGCCUUAUUCACAAAAAGUAAUAAAUUCAAACACUUUUUCAUUAUUAAUAAAUACUGAAUAAUUCAUUUAUCAUCAGGUCCUUAGAGUAGACAAGUGCAAUGAGCAGCUCCCACUAUAAUUGAUUAUGAAAAAUGAAUGGAAGCUCUCAUAUACUUUCUACUCUAAAUUUAAGAUAACAUACUUUCAUUAUUUUUCUAAUGAAAUUAUUCUCUCUUCUGUUAAAAAUUUAAUAGUUCUAGUCUUUCAAAAUUCUUCUACAGUACACAUUCUGGAAUCUAAAUUCUUGACAAUUUAAUUUGUUCAUUAGUAAAUAAGAUGUGCAUUGUAGACUAGGCCCUUUAAAAUGCAUAUAGUAAUAAAAUGAAAAUAAUCCUUUUUUAAAAACCCUUACCUUACAUCUUAGAAUCAAUAACAAGUAUUGGUUCCAAGGUAGAAGAGCAGGAGGGCAGAGACAAAAUGGUGGCUUAGUAACAGCGAAAGCUGGAACCAUUCCAAGAAUCUUUCCACACCAAGGCAGAAGAGCAGUAAGGACUAGGCAGUUGGGGUCAAGUGACUUGCCGAGGUAGUCUAGCCUAGCUAGGAAAUGCAGCCACCAGGCUGUCCCAGAAAUACACUUUAAAUGAACAACUUGGCUUAUGCACACUUUAUCUGGUAUGAAUCCAUUUUCUGAUAGGGUGGCUUUUUUUUUUAAUGGAAUUUCAUGUUAGGAUUAAAACAAAGUUCAUUACAAAAAACUUUGGUUUUGCUAUUGCUCUGUCCACCUCACUAUCCAUAAUGGGGCUGAGUGAACAAAGCCAGCUCUUUUCCUUUUGGUUACUUUGUUUACUAACAUGCUGCUUUGUGUGGGACAGUUUGCUCUUUUACUAAAUGCUAAAAACAGAAGAACCAAGGCUAAUGGUUUUCUCUGUCUUCAUACUAACUAGUCAACAAUUCUGGCCAACAAAUGUCUCAGAAAUAGGAAAAAUUGCUUAAUCAAGUUACUUUGAAAAUUAAGUUUGAUAUUAGCCUUCUUUUUUUAAGUUAUUUUAUCCACGAUUCUAUCUCUUGCUAACAAAUUACCAGAGCAGUGGCCUAAUGAGCAGACUCAAGUUUGUACAGAGACAUCCUGUCCCAGACUAAACUGGAACAUGAGGCCUAUUAGAAGGAAACCCAGCUCCAAGGUUCCUCUAGAUAGGGAAGGGUCUCAGGACUGAAUGGGCUUUUUUGGAGUGUGAAGGAGAGGGGAAGUAUACUGGCCUUAAUUAUGGUUGACUUAUUAAUGAAAGAAUAUUUAGUCAGUGCAUGGCUCUACCAAUUAUUAGUCAGGUGACUUUGAGCAAGUCACAUUACCCUCUAGGUCGUAAAUUUCUUCAUCUAUUUUUUUUUUAAAGGAUGUAUGUGUAUAUGGUGGAGGUAGGUUAGACUAGAUUAUUUCUAGGAUCCCUUUAGCUAGCUAUUGAUUUGCUGUUCAGUACAACCUAUUCAUCAGAUUUUGAGCAUUACUGUACUCAACUAGGAUAAUUCAACCAGUUUGUCCCUUCUCAAACAUUCCAAAGGCCAAUGUUUUCACAUGAGGAAGUCUCCUGUAACAAAGGAGAACUAUUAAAACAGCAUAUAUUUUUCAGACCUUUUUUCCUCCAGUGAUAAGAUCUGGCUGUUCUUACAUAAUCAAUAUUUUACUGCUAAGAAUAUCUUCUGAGGAUCAUAUAUCUCAAGGGAAAAACCAUUAAACCCACGAGUGUUGUUGUUGUCAGGCUUGAAACACAGAGUAAGUACUCUGAGAGUAGAGAGUCCAUUUUUGCCCUCCUUUGAUUCUUUUCCCAUAUGCCAUUUACAGACAAACUUUUGACCAGAACCAUGAUGAUUCAGGAAAGCAUUUGUUUACCAGUUUGAUUUAUUUUCAGUCAUCUUUUGGUAAUGUCUACACAACUGGAAGAAUUAUCAAUUCCCUUGGGAUUUAAAUUGGCUUAGUUAAAACAGGGACUGUCAUUGCCCUUCACACUGAAAAGUUUAAUUUAGUCACCCGGUUUUGGCCUUAUGACAAAUGGAAAAUUAAGAGAUUUUCUUAUCUCUUUUCCUGAAAAACCUCAGAAAUGGUCUUUCCAUGGUUACAUUGGAAGAAAACCCUUUUUUGUGUUCAGAAUAUUCUCUAGGGUUGAAAGCUGUUUUUCCCUUUCCCAGUUUUGUCUGGUAACUAUUAGAUUACAGUAACAUUAGAAAUCCAGUGUUUAGUUUGGGGAAAACUAUUACUGUGUAACAGGAAGCACCUGGGACAGUUGUUUUUUGUUUUAAAAUCUUAUAUUGCACACUGUUCAGGUAAUGAAUAUGUGUUUUAGAUUAAUGGUGAAAUAGUGAAAUUCAGAUAUCGUCAGUUUUUCAAAUAAGAUGCUUAAAGGGAAGUGGACAAAGAUUGCAGUUGAUCCUCCAUUAUUCAGCCUUGUGUUCUUUUGUGGAAUGAGCUAAAGCCCCUGAAUGCUUGGACUUUUCACAAGUCAUUUUUGGGGGUAGCCGUGGGGUGAGGUGAGAAUAGCACAAGGCAAGGAACAUAAAAUCAUAAAAUCUGGUGAAAGACUAACUCAUUUGUCUCACCACAGAUGUUUCACUUGCAAUUGCCACAUAGCCAAUUUAAAGAAGGUUAAGUGGGCAGGAUCUGCCAAAAAUAGGCUUCCUUAGAAACAAGGGAUGUUUCUGCUGAUAAAUGUAAAAGACUGAUCACUACACUUAAAUCUUAAAACCUAAUUCUCUGACAAUAUACCUGUAUGUUUUUUACUGUUUUUGUUUUCUUUACAUUUUGAGUCAUCAAUGUAUUUUCCUAAUUUAAUCUAUUUCUUUCUUUCUGACAUCUAGAGUGUAAGUUCCAUUGAGGGCAGGGACAUCUGUCCCAGACAAAACUGCACUCCUAUAUAGGAACUCUCUGAACAUGAAAUAGUUGUUUCUUGAUGGAGGGCUACGAUUUAACUGAAUUUCAACUCUGUUGCACAGCUCUGAUUGAUGUUGGCUUUAUUUUUGUUCCUAACAGUUUUAUUUUUUAGCUUUUAAAAAUAUAUUGCAACCGAAGGUUCAUUUCAUACAACCCAAGAAUAAUUUCCAAAGAAAGAAUUUUGCCAUCAUCAAAAAGGUGCACGCAUCUCUCAUUUCACUAGAAUGGCUGCAGUUCUUUUAAUCCAGGCCUGCUUUACUACUAUCAGAGAGGAAAAAUUCAUCUGCAACUGGCUGUUUAGUGGAUGUGUUCAUGGUGCCACAGAAGCAGUAAUCUCAUUUACCAUAUUGAAAGACUCAGAACAAUGGGUUUAAGGAAAUGAAAUGUGAAAAAUAAAAUGUCAGUGCCCACUGUAUCAAGUAGUUCUCAAACUCCUUUGCCUGGCAAUCAAGCUCCUCAAUCAAUAUAGCCCCAGUCUUGUUUUCUAUUCUCACUUCUCUUCACAUAUAUACUCUGUGCUCCAGCUCAAGGUGGGCUCUGCUUCUCCUUCCAUUUCUUUUUCCCUUCUGCAAUCCUGUCCUCCCUUUAAAGUCCAUAUUCCUUCCAGACCUAGAAAGCACUUUGUUUUUGCAAUUCGAUGCACAUAUGUAAUAUGUAUAUGUUCUGUGUUUGUGUCUUAUCCCGGUAUUAGACUGUAAGCUCCAAGAGAGAGCAGGGACUAUGUCAACUCCACUUUGUACUUUUCCUAGCAAAGUGCUCUGCACACAGUGGGUAUUUAAUACAAUUCUGUUGAAAGAAUGAACAAAUAAAGUGAGAUAAAAAUGGAGAAAAAAAA